GCGCUUGCCCGGGGUUUGUGACCCAGGCUGACGAGCUGGGUUCUCCAUGCAGCCCUGGCAGAGGCUUUGAGCACUCUCUUACCUUUCCCAGCCGAGGAAGGGUAACCACAGCCUUUUCUUCCUCCGGUCUUAUGAAGCUGGUGUUGAUGCAACCAAGACUUUAAGACAAUGGAAGAGCGGAAAGCCAAGAGGAAGAGCCCCAAGUCUUUCAGUGCCCACUCGACUCAGGUUGUUAAUGCCAAAAAGAAUGCCAUCCCAGCAAGUAAAAGCACCGGGUUUUCAAAUCCCACAUCGCAGUCAGCGUCUCAGAGGCCAAAGUUAAAAAGGGUGAUGAAAGAAAAGAAUAAACCUCCCGGAGGAGAAGGGAAGGGUGCUCAGUCCACACCCAUCCAGCACUCCUUCCUCACCGACGUCUCGGAUGUCCAGGAGAUGGAGCGCGGGCUCCUCAGCCUGCUGAACGAUUUCCACUCUGGAAAGCUGCAGGCCUUUGGAAAUGAAUGUUCCAUAGAACAGAUGGAGCAUGUCCGGGGAAUGCAGGAGAAAUUAGCUCGCUUGAAUCUGGAGCUCUACGGGGAGUUAGAGGAACUUCCUGAGGAUAAGCGGAAAGCAGCCAGUGACGCAAAUCUGGACAGGCUUCUGUCUGACUUAGAAGAAUUGAAUUCUUCUAUACAGAAACUGCAUUUGGCAGAUGCACAGGACGUCCCCAAUGCGUCCAGCAGCUAAAGCGGUCCGCAGCCUGCCCCGCAGAACGAGCAGAGACGCAGCCGUCGUUCCUUUCCAGCUGAGUCCAGUAGCAAAAUCAUCUUCCGCCGCCGCCAACUCUGAGUCAUGCGAAUGCACGCGCAGUGAUCCUGUUCACACGCCGCUUUCGUCCACGUGCUCGCUGUAAUCCACCGCUGUCCGGGGAGGCCUCAUCAGGAAGUGGGGUACAGAGGUGUGCUGCUGUGCGUGCUUCUGUUGCCUUAAGGGUUAUACUUGAAAUGCAUUGUGCUAAACCUUCGGUCGGGCUGAAGGAUCUGUCCUUGCCGCCACCACUCUGACCCAGCGCCGUCGUGGCGCACGGGUGUCCUGUGGUGGUCCAGCUUCCGUUUACGUCAGACAAUCAGUACACACGCGAGUGUGUUUCCCAAUGGCCAGUGACAAAUGUUUAAUAAGUACUUGUGAGAUUUGCUAUUUUUA